AUGUCGUCUGCUGCUGCCACGAACACCACAAAUGCCACUAAUGCCACAAAAUCCAACUGUAUUCUGUGUGAUCAACCUGACACUGAUCAAAUGGUUGGAUGUGACCUUUGCGAGAAUUGGGCACAUUACCAAUGCGCUGAAGUCUCGGAGUCUAUUGCAGAUCCGGAUCGCACCUGGAAGUGCCCCAAUUGUAGGCCGAUGGAAGUAGUUACAAGGCCGCAAUCAGUAGUUUCUGAAACGCGCACACGUUCUUCACGUAAAUCACAGCGCGUUGAGCAUGAGCUAAACAUGCUGAAGGAGCAACAUGAAUUAAUGAUGAAAGCAUUGGAAGAAGAAGGAUUAGCGCAGAAGAAGAAAGCUGAAGAGGAGGAAGCUGCCCGAAAAAAGCAAACUAAAAUAGAAGAUCAAUUGCGGAAAAAAAGGUACGAAAUGGAAGAAGCAUUUAUUCGGAAUAAAUAUGUCGCAUUGAGUAAAGCAGAUGAAGCUGGUAGCGUAAGCAGCAAUAGGAGUAGUCGGGAAAAAGUUUCUCAAUGGCUAGCAAGUGGAGCCACUGGAGGCACCAAACAAAAGGCACCUACCGCGUUGGAGUUUCCGCCGCAGCCACUUUUUAGCGAAUCCCAACCUUUUGCCACGACCAUUUUGUCUGUAGAAGAACGCGACGAACCGCAUUUAGUUUCGAACGCUAAUGAUUCCCACAGCACCGUGAUACCGACAUCAUCUUCUACCCCUCAUUCUAGUUUGGCAUGCCCGCCUUCGGACCCAGUGUGCUCUCAAAUCAUUGCUCAUCCAACAGAAAACUUUAUGCAUACGAAUGCUGUUCCGACCAUUAUAACGACAGCACAGUCACUCGGAGUCGAUCUCCCUCCUGCCAUUCGCUGGUCUUCGAAUGAAAUUUCACCAAAAACUAUGCUUCGAAUGAUCAACACCGAUCGUCAAAAUCAGUUCAUUUAUGACCGCCCAGCUACGACAACAAUUAGUCGCAGCACACCUAGACCUCUCCCACCACGUUUGGCUGCAUUGAAAGCGGGUGCAAACAUUAUGACAUCAGCGUAUGGGGGUUGCAUUCCUUCUACUACUACGAUAAACACACAGGCUGGCACGGGAGCAAUUCCCAAGGCAUACGAGUACGUGUAUUCAACCACCAGAUGUGCACCGGCAACUGAUGUUGCUGAACAAAGAAUCACGUUCCAAGCUCCCUUAGUGACGUCAACGAACUGCUUACCGCAAAACGAGCUAAACUUUGAAAAUCAAUAUGGAUUAGCCAGGCAAACAAUCGUCAACUCCUCGGAUCAGUUCUUGAAUAAUCUUGCUCCAUCCGAUGGGUACACCAACGCAGUGGUACGGUCUCAAGAGUCGCUGCCAUCUAUGAUUCCAGACAUUUCGUCUCUUGCAGCACCUCUGAACCAAAUGACGUUGAAUCCACGCAAUCCAGAACCGCACCCAGUUAACUACUUAGUUGACAGAAACCCUAGUUAUGGCAACACUAUUCACGACGACGCUGCACUUCCGCCAUCGGUACCAAUACCGACACCUCCUGCAACAAGAAAUUCCUUACAACCAUCUUUGGAUCAAUUUGUCGCACCUUCACCAGCACAGCUGGCUGCCCGACAAGUUAUAAACCGUGACCUACCCCACUUUGCAGGAGACCCGGAAGAAUGGCCUCUAUUCUUCAGCACAUUCCAGAAUAGUACGAAAUUCUGUGGAUUCAACGAUGCGGAAAAUUUGUCCAGAUUACAACGCUCCUUGCGUGGCCAAGCCUUAGAAGCCGUCAAAAGUCGUCUCAUGAUACCCGAGUCAGUACCCCAAGUUCUCGAUAUUCUGAAGAGACAUUUUGGCCGCCCAGAAAUACUGCUACAUUCUCUGAUGAACAAACUCCGGAAAACAGCCUCUCCGAAAGAAGAUAACUUACAGUCUAUUAUUGCUUUCGGACUGGAAGUUCGAAGUUGUGUGGAUCACAUGAUCAUGGCCAAUCUCUCGGAGUAUCUUUUCAACCCGAUGCUACUACAAGAGCUUGUGAAUAAGCUACCACCUCAAAUGCAAAUGCACUGGUCCCGAUACAAGCGACAAUUCCCAUCAGUUAAUCUGGAAGUAUUCAGUCAAUUCACAACUGAGGAGGGAAAUACUGCAGCUGACGUCGUCGUACCGGUAGCUGGGAAAAGGCCAUCGAAGCAAACUUUGUACACACAUACAGAGACAGAAAACGUUCCAAAUACCAAUCAGCUGCAAAAGGAUGGUGCUAGAAAAACAUGUAUUUUUUGCGGAAACGCCAGCCACCAAAUAGCUAAUUGUGAAUCAUUUUUGAAAUUGGACAGUGAUGGAAGAUGGAGAGUAGUUAAAGCCAACAAAUUAUGUCGCAUUUGUCUUAUUCCUCAUAAGAAGUGGCCAUGUCGUUCACCAAAGGAAUGCGGCGUGGAUGAUUGCCGUAAUCUUCACCAUUCGUUAUUACAUUCAACAGCAUAUACUCCUGUGAAUGCUAGUGUUGCCCAUCAUUACUCUGAUUCCUCGUUUUGUCUGUAUCGCUAUCUCCCCAUCAUACUGAAAGCAAAUGGUAAAUCAGCGGAAAUCAUUGCAUUUCUUGACGAUGGUUCGUCGUCUACGAUGCUCGAGGCUCGAGUAGCAACCGAACUUGGAAUUAGUGGCGAAAGAAAACCGCUGUGGCUUAGUUGGACAGGAAAUGUAACACGCGAGGAAAAAAUGUCGCAACGAAUUUCAGUAACGGCUUGUGGUGUCGGGAAAACCGACUCCUUUAAAUUGAAUAAUGUACGCACAGUCGAUAAUCUUUUUCUACCAAAACAAACCCUUGACUAUGCUUCCAUGAAAACCAAGUACCCCCAUCUGAGAGGCCUACCUGUCAACGGAUAUUCCCAUGCAACACCUAGCAUGAUCAUCGGAAUUGAACAUACCACGCUGCUAACUUCACUGAAGGUUCGUGAAGGUCAUCCCAAUGAUCCUGUUGCAACAAAAACCCGCCUAGGCUGGUGCAUUUUCGGCAAGCAGCUUGCUGCAAUCCAAUCGAUUGAAAUGGUACAUGUACAUUCUGAAGCUACGUCAUGUGACCAUGAACUACACAAAUUGGUUGGACAAUUACUGAAGUUCGAAGAAUGUAACACCGUUGGACAUGUUCCAGAAGAUGAUAAACGUGCUCUGGCUAUCCUAGAAAAAGCCACACGUCGAGUAGAGGGGCGAUUUGAAACCGGUUUGCUAUUUAAAUACCCAGAUCAACGAUUUCCAAAUAGUUUUCCGAUGGCAAAUCGAAGAUUGCUUUCACUUGAAUCGCGACUUGCAAAGAAUCCAUUUCUGGACAGUAGGGUUCGAGAACAAAUAAAGGAAUAUCUGCAAAAGGGUUAUGCUCAUAAAGCCACCGCGAAGGAAUUACGAGAGACAGAUCCUGAGAAAACGUGGUAUCUUCCUUUGGGAGUUGUUCAGAACCCAAAGAAACCGGAAAAAGUCCGGUUGAUCUGGGAUGCGGCGGCUCGUGUUAAUGGAAUAUCGCUCAACGAUACCUUGUUGAAAGGGCCAGAUCUUUUAACAUCACUGACGACCAUUCUCGUACGCUUUCGUCAAAGGAACAUUGCCAUCACAGGAGACAUUAAAGAAAUGUUCCAUCAGAUCCGGAUCCGAGAAUCUGAUAAACACUACCAGCGCUUUCUCUUUCGUGACAACCCGCAAGAACCACCUCAAGUGUACAUUAUGGAUGUAGCUACGUUUGGGGCGUCAUGCUCUCCUUGUGUAGCUCAAUUUGUUAAAAACAGAAACGCAACAGAACAUGCUGCUGAAUUUCCCGGUGCUGCAAAAGCUAUUGUAGAGGACCAUUAUGUAGAUGAUUUCCUCAAGAGCGUAGAUACCACAGAAGAAGCCGUAGAGCUGACGAAACAAGUCCAAUUUGUUCACGCCAGGGGAGGAUUUGAAAUUCGAAACUUCGCCUCCAACUCUUCGGAAGUCUUGAUUCGACUGGGGGAAUCCAACGAAAUGCUACAGAAAGAUCUUAAUUUUGAGCCAGGACUAAGCACUGAGGAAAAACCGGAACGGGUUCUGGGCAUGGUCUGGAAGCCUCAAACCGACGUUUUUACGUUUAACACCACCAUGCAAACGGAAUUGAUGCAUCACCUUAAGAGCAGAACACCCCCCACUAAGCGGCAGGUUUUAAAAAUUAUUAUGUCGGUCUUCGACCCACUCGGGUUGAUUGCUCAUUACACGGUACAUGGCCGAAUUCUCAUGCAAGAAAUUUGGAAGUAUGGCAGUGACUGGGAUGAACAAAUUCCUUCCGAAUUGCAAGCAAGUUGGUUUCGUUGGAGUGACAAGUUAAAAGAGUUGGAAGAAAUCAUUAUCCCACGAUGUAUGUUCAAAAAUACGACCUCAGAAUCUCUGAAAACCUUGCAACUCCACACCUUCGUAGAUGCGAGUGAAGCGGCGUACUCUUGCGUUGUCUACGCCCGUAUAGUGGACCUCGGUAUCCCAAAAUGCGCUAUUGUUGCCGCUAAAACAAAGGUUGCUCCAUUGAAGCCGCUUUCUAUACCGCGAUUAGAAUUGCAAGCCGCUGUUGAGGGUAGUCGAUUAACUCAAAAACUAGUAGAGGCCUUAACCCUUCCUGUCAAUCAACGGUUUUUAUGGUCGGACUCCACAACUGUACUGUCUUGGUUGAGGUCAGAUAGCAGGCGAUACCACCAAUAUGUAUCCUGUAGAAUAGGCGAGAUUCUACGAGUCACCUCCAUCAACGAAUGGAGAUACGUUCCAUCUAAACUGAACGUGGCCGACGAAGCCACAAAAUGGAAUGCUGAACCCAACUUUAAUCCUCAAUCGCGUUGGUUUGUGGGACCAGAUUUCUUAUUGAAACCAGAAGGAGAAUGGCCAGCUAAGUUUCAAGUUACUACUAUGCCAGAGGAAGAAAUAAGAACCGUUUUACUGCACCAUCAUGCAGAAACACACCAAUCAAUAUUUGAUGAAGUUGAUUAUUCACGAUUUUCUCAAUUCAACAGAUUGAUUCGAGCUAUAGUCUACUUCCACAGGGCGAUCGAAAGGUUCCGGAAAGUAAAACGUGAAGGGCCCUUUGAAGCAGAAGAAAUCGCGGCCGCUGAAAAUUUCUUAUGGAGGCAAGUUCAAAUGGAAUCUUACCCUGAAGAAUAUGCCACUGUGUUGUAUAAUCACAAAAAGUCUACUGGUAAACACGUGGCAAUAAAAUGUACAAGCCCAUUAUAUCAACUUGCGCCGUUCAUGGAUGAAAAUAACGUGCUGCGUAUGAGAAGCAGAAUCGAAGCUGCCCCUGUGACACCAUACGAAACAAAGUAUCCAGUAUUGCUACCAAAAGAACAUCGCGCGACGCACCUUCUCGUGCAUCAAUAUCAUCGGCGAUAUCUUCACGGAAAUCAAGAAACCGUCGUCAAUGAAAUGCGCCAACGGUUUCAAAUUCCACACUUGCGAUCCCUAGUGAAACGAAUAGCAAAAGAGUGUCAAAUGUGUAAGGUGAAAAAAGCUGUUCCAAAGACUCCAAUGAUGUCACCCUUGCCAGCAGUUCGCCUAACCCCCUUUAUCAAGCCCUUCACCCACACUGGGAUAGACUAUUUUGGACCCUUGAUGGUGAAGCAGGGACGUAGUCUGGUCAAACGUUGGGUGGCCCUAUUCACCUGUCUUACGAUAAGAGCGGUGCAUUUAGAAAUCGUAUCUACGCUUUCGACGCAGUCUUGUGUCCUGGCCAUUCGACGAUUCGUUGCACGCAGAGGUUCCCCAGCCACUUUCUACACCGAUAACGGCACGAACUUUUUGGGGGCCAGUAAUCUCCUGAUCAACCAAAUUCUUAAUGCUCACGAAGAGUGCGCCCUUAUCUUCACCAACGCCCACACACGAUGGUAUUUCAACCCACCUGCGACACCUCAUAUGGGAGGGCCAUGGGAACGUAUGGUCAGAUCGGUCAAACAAGCGAUGACUGCCAUUGCAGAUCAUCCUCAACAUCCAAGUGACGAAGUACUCGAGACGGUAGCGCUAGAAGCCGAAGCAAUCGUAAAUUCACGACCCCUUACAUACGUACCUCUCGAAUCAGCUGAAUCCGAGGCCCUGACCCCGAACCAUUUUCUGUUGUAUGGAAACACCGGGAUCCAACAACCUGCGACAGCGUUAAUGAUCACCAAUAGAACGCUGAGAGAUAGUUGGAAUUUGGCUCGUACUUUGGUUGACAAAUUUUGGGUAAGAUGGAUAAAGGAGUAUUUGCCGAUGCUGACAAGACGUUCAAAGUGGUUCACACCAACGGAACCACUGAAACGCGGAGAUCUCGUAAUGGUUGUGAAUGAACACAAACGGAAUGGCUGGAUUCGAGGACAGAUAGUUGACGUCGUCAAGGCACCAGAUGGACAGGUUCGAAGAGCUGUAGUUCGUACUGCGAACGGAGAAGGAAUAAAAUCCGUGUCAAACUUGGCACUUUUGGACGUACAGAAGACCACGGAGGACUCCUCGGGAAGUCCCGGAACUGCACGGGCGGGGGAAUGUUAG